GACGGCACCUGAAGAAAGCCAAGCUGCACAGAGAAGAAAUAAGUGUGUGUUUAAACGGGAGGUUGGGUGAAUUUUAUGUCCGUUGAAUUUCUUGAAGUGGAUUGCGUAAAAUGAAAUACUAUUUUGUGUUUUAUUUACUAACAAUUAUUCAGUGCGCAUCUUUAGAUGACAAAGCAUUGCUUAAAAGAUUGGAGGAAAGCAGAAACCAUGAAAGUAGAAGUAACAAUUGCUUCAGUUCUAACGUUACUGUGAGGCUUGCAGAUCCGAGCAAAGACCAUACUAACAACGGAGUUGUUGAAGUAUUCCUCCCUGAUGGACAAGCACGAUCUGUAUGUUACCCAACGGACCAUUACGAGCACAAACAAGUUGCAAUUCUAUCUCAUAUAAUAUGCCGUCAACUGGGCUUCGUAACGUUCGGUUCCAGGUAUAAACAGUCUUACCCUGUUGGUCACGAACCUCUUGGUUUGAUACCUUCCAACUGGCAAUGCAUCGGCCAUGAACAGUCAGUAUCACAGUGCACUUGGAAAGGCACUGAUAUAUUUCGCUGCCGAAAUAUUCUAGGAAUUCAUUGUAGUUCUUGUUCUAGAAUUCUGCAAGCUACUGAUGGAGUUAUUGGAAAUCCUGGCUAUCCACAUGCUUACAUGCACGGAAUUCUUUGCGAGUGGAUUGUGAUUGUACCGGAUGGUCACACCAUUAAGUUGACAUUCUUAAAAUUCGAUUUACCCGAUGGAGAUAAUUUGUCUCCUAACUGCGCACCUAACGAGGCAUAUAUUGAAAUUACCUAUGGAAAGCAGAAUAGUUACACUAUCAACCGGUACUGCAACUUGAAACAAGUGAGGGAGCUUAGUCUGCCUGUACGAAAAAUAAGAGUAAGAUUUUAUUCUGGAGUUUUUGAUGGUGAUACUGAUUAUGAAAGAAAAAAUUACGGCUUUGCUUUUGCUUUCCAGGCAAUACCCGAAGAUACGUCAUCUAUGCAACCUCUGAAGACCAUUAUCAUUGCGGCUGUCGUCAUGCUGGUCUUCACUUCUGUGGCUUUAACUUGCUGUUGUCGUCGAUGGGGCAGGCGUAAUAAUGAGCAACCUCAUUUAGUACGAGUCAGACCCUUGCCGAACGCUCCAGGUCGAGAAGAGCUUGAAGCAGCAUACAACUUCCAACGAUGUAAUAUUCGAAAACCAGAGGAAAAACAUCUGAGUCAAGCGGAAAAUAUCGUCCCUGCAAUGUCUGAUAAUAAAUACGCUUUGUCGAGUGAUAUUUAUACACAUCCCGCCUCUUUAGCUCCGCUGAGAAAAGGACUACGAGAGAUACGUAUUUCACAGUCAGCUACACCUCGUCUGCCGAAGCUCCAUUGCGCGAGAGGAAUAGGUCAACAGCAACCAGAUACAUCAACCGUAAGCAGGCUGAGGACCAAACUCUUGGCCAAAUUUUCCACGUCUAGCAAAAAAGGUUCAAAUUCCUCUUCGUUGUCUGACGUUUCGGUCUUCAUGCCAAUCGCCGUUGGUCCCAGCUUCGAGAUUUACAGGAGUGUCACUUCUGAAACUUCUGACCCUUUCGAUGCGACUCCAGUUGCCGAAGGCCCACCCACAAAGAGUUCAGAUGUUAAUGAAUUGGAAGGAAGGAAUACGCCGACCCCAAGCAAGAGUGAGUAUAAAACACCCGACUUGCCGACCAUUGUGGUCCAUCUUGUGGAUAGCAACUCCGUUGAACAUGUAGUGGUGGGUACGAAAGAUACUUAAAGAAUUCUCCUGUGAAAUUUUGAUAGUGUUGUUACAUCGUUCUUCAGUCUUUCAUUUUAUUAAAGAAUCGUGGAGAAACUGAGAAAUAGCAGUUUUAUGAAAUCAUUCAGUACAAAUGACUUUUUAAGUUUGUUUUAUCUUUUAAUGGUUGAUUGUUUCUUUCAGAUUUUGUUAUUUUAGAGUCAAACUUUUCAAAUAAAUAUAUUUAAU